AUGGUCAAGGCCAAGCUGCCACCAGAGCACGACUUCCUGGUGCCCUUCUGUGCAGGUCGCGAGAUCCAUGCUCAGCUGUGCGACGUCCGACUCUCGCAGAAGGAUGGAAAACUCUGGCAGCAGUUGGGCCCAGGGGAUACCGUCGAAUACUUCAGCCAUGCCUGGAAUGCCUGGUCUCCGGCCGUGGUGGAGGGCAUUGCACCGGAUGGAAGCUUUGACCUUGAUGUGCAGGCAGGCGUGCCGGUGAGCCAGCUGCGACUGCUUGACAAGCACCGCUUCAAUGCACUUUUGGUGCAAGAAUUGGGACCAGGCGACGAGGCGGAGUAUUUCGACAUCGCGCGCUGCGAGUGGCAGCGCGCGCGGGUGCUGCAGCAUGCCAGGGCUGGCAGCAUUUGCCUCUCUGUAACUUUUGACCAAGCGCGCCCUGCUCUCUACCUGCACGAAGAGCCGUGGCGCGUGGGAUCCACGGAGCCAGGUGAACUGGUGCAGGUGCUCUUAGACGGUGAUAUCCGCCUGGUGAGGGGCGAGUUUCUGCAAGACCUGGCGAGGGAGGGAGCGGCGCUGCCACGGAGACAGGAGGCCGAAAAUGCCUUCACGCUGUCUGGACGCCCGGCGCUCGUCUCGUUGCCCGAAGUUCAGCAGGAGGCGGCCUGUCCCAUGGCAGAGAGGCAGAUCGACAUCGUCUGCGUCAGCCACUGCUGGGAAUCAUGCGAGCAUCCAGACCCCUGCCGCUUCCAGCUGGAGCGACUCGUGGCCGAACCUCGUGCUCUGCAGUCGUGGUACUUCAUCGACUACGUGUCCUUGUUUCAGCUUCCCCGAACUGAGUGUCAGCAGCAGUGCUUCGAGUGGGCGAUGUGCCAAGUCCCCCUGCUUUUCUCCCACGGCGGCACGCGCACGUUGGUCAUUGGCGAGCGCACGCCGGAGCAACUUUUCCAAGAGCGUCUGGACGAUGUUGUAGGGAUCGUCGAUGAGUCCAGCGGGAAGUUGGAGCGCGUGAAAGUGGCUCAACUGACACGUGAGGGCGAGGGGGUCGGAAUCUGGGUUCCCGAUCUUGCACGCAAACCCGCUUCGCUGCCUGCCCGGUCGCUUCAUCGCUGCUGA